GUCAUUUAAAGAUGGCGGAGUGCAUGGCCGCACGUUUGGCCGCACAGGAGGAGCAGAUUCAGCUCCUCACCAAGGAGAUCGCCGGUCUCCGUGACGGCCUGAACGGAGCCCCAAACGUCGCCUGUACUGACGCCAUCUCGCCGGAGGUGGACAGCCUGCGGAGCGAAAACGAGAAGCUCCGAUACCGGCUGCUGCACCUCCGCCGGAGUCUGCAGGUGGAGCUGGAGCCGGAGACACGGGCUACCCCUGCCAAAUAUCACGACGGCAAAACAAGCAAGCAGCAUGGGUCGCAAACCACACCAAAUAAUAAGGUGGCAACGUCUGAAACAAAGCCAGCUGAAAAGAAUAAGAAGGAGAAGAAACAGGAUGUGGCGCGGGGAACUGGAGGUGCAAAAGAGCUGAAGCCAUGGCCUGCAUACAUCUCAGAGCGCCUUACUCUCUAUGAUGAACUGAAGAAGGAGAGUGAUUCCCUGCAAGCCAGAAGAGCUGCAGACAGCCAGCCCAUCACUGUAGAGCUGCCGGGUGGGAGUAAGGUGGAGGGCGAGGCCUGGGUCACUACACCCUACCAGCUGGCCUGCGGCAUCAGCCGGGGUCUGGCCGACGCAGCCAUUAUUGCUCGGGUGAGUGGGGAGCUGUGGGACCUGGACAGACCACUGGAGAAGGACUGCUCGCUGGCGAUCCUGCGCUUUGACAAUGAAGACGCUCAGGCUGUGUACUGGCACUCCAGUGCCCACAUCCUGGGGGAGGCGAUGGAGCGCUUUUAUGGUGGCUGUUUGUGUUACGGACCUCCCAUUGAGAAUGGCUUCUACUACGACAUGUUUCUAGAAGGACAGAAGGGUGUGUCUAGUUCUGAGUUUGGGGACCUGGAGACUUUGUGUAGGACCAUAGUGAAGGACAAGCAGCCUUUUGAGAGGCUGGAGAUCUCCAAGGAGACCCUGCUGAACAUGUUUAAGUACAACAAAUUCAAAUGCCGCAUCCUGAAUGAGAAGGUCACCACCCCUACCACGACCGUCUACAGAUGUGGACCACUGAUUGACCUUUGCAGAGGUCCCCACAUUAGACACACUGGGAAGAUUAAAGCCAUGAAGAUCUACAAGAACUCUUCGACCUACUGGGAAGGCCGGUCUGACAUGGAGACACUACAGAGGAUCUAUGGGAUUUCCUUCCCAGAUUCCAAGAUGCUGAAGGAGUGGGAACGCUUCCAGGAGGAGGCCAAGAGCAGAGACCAUCGCAAAAUUGGCAAGGAUCAGGAACUGUUCUUCUUCCAUGAUCUCAGCCCUGGCAGCUGCUUCUUCUUACCAAGUGGAGCCUACGUCUACAACACGCUCACCGAAUUUAUCAGGGAGGAAUACUGGAGAAGGGGCUUUCAGGAAGUGGCCUCCCCCAACAUCUAUAACAGCAAGCUGUGGGAGACGUCAGGACACUGGCAGCACUACAGUGAGAACAUGUUCUCAUUCCCUGUUGAAGAUGACGUGUUUGCACUCAAGCCCAUGAACUGCCCAGGACACUGUCUGAUGUUCAGCCAUAGGCCUCGCUCAUGGAGGGAGCUGCCCCUGAGGCUGGCAGAUUUCGGGGUCCUCCAUAGGAAUGAGCUGUCAGGCACACUAACCGGCCUGACCAGAGUCAGACGUUUCCAGCAGGAUGAUGCUCAUAUCUUCUGCACUAUGGAGCAGAUUGAGUCAGAGAUGAAGGGUUGUCUGGACUUCCUCCGUUGUGUCUACGAUGUGUUUGGCUUCACCUUCCAGCUUCACCUCUCCACUCGUCCAGAGAAGUACCUAGGCGACAUUGCUGUGUGGAACCAGGCUGAGAAGCAACUGGAGAACAGCCUGAAUGAGUUUGGGGAGCCAUGGAAACUCAACCCAGGAGAUGGUGCUUUUUACGGACCCAAGAUUGACAUUAAAAUCAAAGACGCAAUUGGUCGCUACCAUCAAUGUGCAACCAUUCAACUGGACUUCCAACUGCCCAUCCGCUUUAACCUGACCUUUGUGGGGAAGGAUGGAGAUGACAGGGCACGGCCUGUGAUCAUCCAUCGUGCCAUUUUGGGCUCAGUGGAGAGGAUGAUUGCCAUUCUCACAGAGAACUAUGCAGGGAAAUGGCCUCUAUGGCUCUCUCCACGCCAGGUGAUGUUUGUGCCCGUCAACCCCUCCUGUGAGGAAUACGCCAAGGAGGUUUGUAAACAGUUUGUGGAGGCUGGCUUCAUGGCAGAAGCUGACUUAGACUCUAGCUGCCUUCUAAACAAGAAAAUCCGCAAUGCUCAGUUGGCACAGUACAACUUCAUUCUGGUGGUUGGUGAGAAGGAGAAGAUGACGAACAGUGUCAAUGUGCGUACGAGGGACAACAAAGUUCAUGGCGAGCUCACUGUUGCUGAAGUGUUGGCUCGCCUGACCCUGCUCAAGCAGUCCCGCUGUCGCAAUGCAGAGGAGGAGUUCUGAGGGAGACGUACAGACUGUUUCAAACACUUACGUUUGAUUAUUUUCCUCUCAAUGGACAUUCAGUCAGAAGAAGGGUAAAGAGAUAUGUUAUGUGUUGGCACCCUCAAAGGUGGUACUGGGAAAGUGUUCUGCCUAUUAUAGAAAUUAAUGAAAGUGACAGAGUAAGUAAAUGGAGCAAGUGGGUUUACAAAGCAGUUUGAGGAUUAUGCCGAAUAUGACCUGACAGCAGUGACGUUUAUGGAGUCAUUCCAAUCACAAGUUUUCAACAUGGUGUUAGAAUGGAACAUUUUAAGGAUGAGCUUAAGCUGAAGCUUAAGUUGCAAACUCAAUAAUUUAUAAAGACAUGGGUUGUAUUCAUGGUUAUAUGUCAACUUGGCAAUGAUUUGAUUUCAACAGAUUUUCUCCAUGGUGAGCUUUGAAAUAAAAUGAAUCUGCCU